AUGAAGAAUCAUUAUAUAACAUUGGGGUUAGAUAGAAAUGCUUAAAAACAUUAAAUAAAGGAAGCAUAUCAUAAAUUAGCUUUAAAAUGGCAUCCAGUAUGAUAUAUAAUUAAUCUACCAACAGGAUAAGAAUAUUAAUUGUAGAGCUUAAGCAAUUACAUAAUUCCAAGAGAUUAAUGAGGCUUAUAACAUAUUAUCUAAGUCUGAGAGUAAGAAAAAGUAUGAUUACAAAUUGGAAAAAGACGAUGAUUUUCUAGAACAAAUUGAUAAAAUGAAUGAAGAAUUUACUUAUUUAAAUAAAGAUGAUUACAAUACAUUGAUUAAAUUUAUCAAUAGGAUUGAUAAGCAAAGUAAAAGAAUAAGAAAACAUGAAUGA